AUGGACGACGCCCCGACCCUUGUGGAACUCCUUGAGGCGGCUUUUGCGCAGAAUGAUCCAAGGCUCUCACAGUGGUGGCAGAUACUCCUCUACAUGGAGAACAAUCUUGUCAAUCCCGCGUCAGGCACCAUCCGGCCUUUCGAACAGUUCGCUCAGUCAACGCACGCCCAUCCACAUUUCGCGAGAAGGGCAUACGAAUACCUGAGAUUUCACAAGCAAUCUCGGACGAGCAGAGCAGCAUUAGAGACGAUUGGGCACACGAAGCCGGGCCUUCUGACUUCCCUUCUAUCACCAAAUGGGGGCCUCGCUGAACAUGAGCGCAUCACCAAUCGCCGCAAGCAACGGACAGUGCGGCCCGAGCAAGCCUUCGUUGCACAUAUCAGUUCUGACGCGGAAUUCUGGGCAACCGCAGGUGCCCUCAAAUCUAUCAACAACAAUCCUGUUGUUGACGCGGCAACUGCGAGAGAUAUCCCAGUCACAUACGAGGCAAAAAUGGCCUGUGUGAGAUUUAUGGUCGAUGCUCUCAGGGACAUGGCCCAGAAGCUGCGUGGAGACCUCAAAGAAGCCAACACGAUCAGGUGCACGUCCGAUUGGGCACUGGAGGCCGUGGCCUGGGAGUUACUGGAGGCUGCCAUGGCUGCGCAACACGGAAUGCAGAACGUCUAUCCGUGGGCGACUGCUUACUUCCACGAACAAUACCCCAAUUUCACAGCACGAUGGAAUGACUUGGUGGCGCUCGUCAUGGGGUCGAAGGCAGCAGCGUCCAACUUGUUGAUCCCGUCCUACGCGCAGCGAUUCGCUAAUGAUCCUGGCGGCGAGUUCAAGAGAAAAACAAGUAACAAACAAUCAAAUCUCAGAAAAGACAACUUGGUCGCAGACCUUGUUGCACGUCUUGCCGCAAUGGAGGCUCAGGUGGCUGUAGUUAACGAAGAAGGUCAACCGGCCGUUGUCGACAACAACCAUGAGCAACUUCCAAUUCCAUCACCAAUGUCCCCCAAUCGUCCACCUGCGCCCACUGCAGUGCAUGGCUCAGUUCAGCAGAGAGUUCUGCCUGUAUCUCCCCUCAACGGCAUACCCGCCCGCUCUCCCAUUAGCUUUGGUCAGCCCGUCGCGUUCUCUGCCUCGACCCCCUCGAGACCGGCCACGCCAGCUACUCAUUCAAGGAGGAGGCAACACCCUUCUACCACUCCGAGCGGAAACUUCAAAUACGGUCAGCCUAGUAGCUGGCCUACAUCCGGUGUAACUGCGGCUGCUAGGCAGUCUGCUGCCCCUCUCACGAGACCUAUCGUCACCCAGCCCACCUUCUAUGACGCAGGCGCCUCUCCGAAUCCUUCCACGUCAUCUUAUCACCCGAGCCAAGCAGCGCCGGUGAUCGAUGAGCAGUAUAGGGAGGCGGUGCAAGGAUCUAUCGUCCCGCAAAAAGCUAAUGGUACGACCUCCAGCGACAGUCAGCUCGAGUUGAGCUGGAACGAUUCUCUUCCGGACGGCUACAAUCUCCAAAGGGAUGUCGCCUUCUCACACGCUGACGAUGCCGCUACUGGCCUUCAGGAACUGUCUGGGUCCCAGGGAACAAGUCUGGACUUAUUCCAAACAACAGGAGGCUAUGGCAACAGCGGUGACAUGUUUCACGUCAAUGCGGUCGACGAUUCAGCGAGCAACGAUGAACCAGCAGCAAACACUGGUUCCCGAACCAAUCCGAAUGGGCAGCAAAUCGAUGGCCCCGGCAUUUUUGACAUCAAUGAGCCAUACAUUAGUCAUAAAGCCUUUGGUGAGCCAUUUGGUUCGAACCAGGGGUAUGCAAACCACGGCGAAUCCUUCCAUGAUGUGACUGCUCAGCCCAGCGCUUACGCUUCAGUCAUUGACAGGAGUCAAGUACAUGACUACGAGUACGGCUGGGAUGCUAAUCCUGGUUACCAUCGUGACGAUGCAGGGGACCUGUUUGCCGACAGUUUCCUCGCCAAUCAAACAGCGGAUCGCGCUGUGGGUGCUGGCAAGAAGAGGAAGAGGGGAACUGAAGAGGAAGAUGAGGAUGAAAUGCCUCGUGCUCAGAGGUCUCGCCAGAGUUAA